AUGAUAAAAAAAACCUUAACACCAUCAAGAAAAUCUCUUAUCAUAAUAUUAAAUACUUAUUUUGAAUUGAAUCGAUUUGAAGAGGCUGAAAAUUUUUUUAAUGUUGAAAUCAAAAAAAGAUGGAAUAUUAAUAAUGAUAUAGCAAUAAUUAAUCUUAUGAUAUCUGGCAAUUUUAAAAUAGCUGAGCAUUAUUCAAAUAAAAAUAAGAAUAGUAGUAAAACAUAUGACUACUUGAUAAACUCACAUAUUAGAAAGGCAAUAGAAUGGUAUUAUUAUGUUCUUAAUAAUAAUGAGAAGAUUGAAUUAAAUUAUUCAACUUUUAAUGUUUUAAUUAAAGGUUUUGGUAGAUUCAAAAAACUAGAUCAAGUGAAAAAUUGUCUUAAAGAAAUGAUUGAUUUAAAUAUUAAACCAAAUUUAACAACUUUUGAAAUACUAGCAGAUAUUUAUACUAAACAUCGAGAUUUGCAGAGUGUACUAUUAAUCUGGAAAGAUUUAAUGAAAAUAAAAUCAUCAUUAAAUCCAACAUUUAAUACUUGGAUAGUUUUUAUUAAAUCUUUAAUUUUAUGUAAUAAAGUGGAUUUGGCUUUGGAAUUCAUGAAAAGGGGCCAAAAAAUUUUAAAUAAAGAUUGGAAAGAUCGUAAAUUAAUGGAGGAAUUAUUUAAAGUUUUCAAUUGUCAAACUUUGGAUAACUGA